AUGACUACCCCCUAUGAUCCUGGGGCACACAGCGAUGGAAGCGAUGAAAGCGAUGACAACGCGCAGAAUCCAGAUCGCUCUCCAUCAAGCACAAGAAAGGUACGAUCUAGCAGAGCUUGCAUCGCGUGUCGGCGCAUGAAAACGCGCUGUGAAGUUGACGAGGCCCUCGGAAAUGCCUGUAAGCUAUGCAUCAGAGCGAGGAGACAAUGUGUAAUGCAGUCUAUCCCGCGUCGUCGUAAACGAAAAACCACAGAACGAGUGGCCGAUCUCGAGAAGAAGAUUGAGCAUUUGACCACACUUCUCUCCGCAACAGAGUCAAACUCAAACCAUGCGACACCCAAAUCCGCCACGGGGAGUGUUCCAACAGGGAAGGGAUCAGGGUCAGAGACGGAGCCAACUUCUGAGGCCCUCAUUGAUCGAGCAAUCAGUCGUGGACUCCUCGACUGGCAAACUGCAUGUACAGCUUUUGACCGCUACAAUAAGCAGAUGUGUCAAUUCUCUCCAUUUGUUGUGUUCCCACCGAAUUCCGACCCCGCCACAGUCAAGGAACAACAACCUCUUCUCUUCUUCGCUAUUGUGAAUGCGGGAACCGCUUCCAUCCAUAGCCCGUCCAAGUCCGAGCUAGCGAACAUGCUUGCUAGAGACUUGGCUCUAAGGAUCAUGUAUAAAGGAGAGAGGACACUGGAAAUCAUUCAAACUCUGCUUGUUCAUGUCACAUUUUACGCACGACCAAGGCACACCAAGGAGCUCAAUUUCAAUCAGAUGAUACAUAUUGCAAGUACGAUGGCAUUGGAUGUCGGUUUGGGCCGAAGGUCCCAUAAAUCCAUGUCUUCACAAACCCCAGGCCAGCAUCAGCUCGAAUCCUUGGCUAGCCGCCGAGCUUGGUUAGGUUGCUACUAUGUUGCGACAAGUGUCUCAAUCACCCUGCGACAUCCAGCAUUUGUUCGAUGGUCGAUCUAUAUUGAGGAAUGCCUCGAGGUGUUUUCGUCAGACCCAGGAGCGCUACCGAGCGACUACUGGUUGGUCGAUCUUGUGCGGCUCCAGCACAUAUCUGAAGAUGCGUCUACUGUCUUCUCCAUGGAUGAUCCCGGCUCCACAAUAGACCUUCGAGAUGUCAAAGUCCAAUAUCAAAUUGGAGGCUUCCGCCAGCAACUGGAGCGCUGGCGUCAGAAUGCCAUCUCUGACAUCACGCAACCGUACGCCCGGCACGUCGAAGCAAAUACUGCUUUAUUCAUUCAUGAGCUUGCCUUACAUUCGGAGCACAACGUUGAUGAGUUGCGGGCCCCAUUACGACCAGUAAAUGCGGCCGCAGCCGCAUCUGCAGCCGCGGUCGAUAGUCUAGCGGCUUCCCUGGAAGAUUUGCACGUUGCACCUGCCAGGGUAGAGUGUCUUUUCAACUGCCUAGCAGCCAUUCAUUCAAUCUUCGAUGCUUUUCUCUCCAUGGACCUGAGCACGUUAUGUGUCUUACCUAACCUUUAUUUUGUUCGCACUGGGUAUGCCGCCAGAGCUCUUCGAAAACUUCUGACUAUCUGUGAGACUCAAGCUCGAGCAGGCACCCAGUUUCAAAUCGAUGCCAAAGAUUUGAAAUUCGUGGAGUACAUGACAUCUUUGAUAGAGACGUUUAAAAGGGUUCAUGCUGCGAACAAUUCACAAGUUGCACGGGCGUUCAGUGUUGUUCUUUCACAAAUGAAAUCACAAGCACUGAAAGAACCGAAUUUCGCAGCUGGAGUUGGUCCUCCUGAAGAUCCGAUCAAAGAGACUGAACAGAGAACAAUAAGGCCUCGGAUCAAUUCGCAACCUGUACCACAACAACAUCUUCCGAUUCUUCUUCCUCGAGAUCCUUCACUUUCGUUAUACCCUUCGAACCCGCUGCCAUAUUUCGCAUCAAACAAUGUCCCCACCAUUCAAACACAACACCAUCAAGUGCUUGACAACCCAGUCAGCUUUGACUCUCCAGUGAACGUCCCAAUAUGGUAUCCUAGUGAAGCGAACGAUUCUUACAUGAGCGGUAUCGAUGUUUUGCAAUGGUACGGCCAAGACUUCAUGUUUGACGGGGUUUCCACCUUUGGCUACGAUCAUGCAACUUAUCCGCCUGGAACAAGCGGAUGGCAGCAACAAUAA